CCGAGGGAGCGCGCGGGGCCGCAGCCAUGGCCGCCGUGCCCCCCGACUCCUGGCAACCGCCCACCGUCUCCUUGGAGACCAGAGCGAGCAGACCCGGUACCAGCCCGCGACGCGUUUGCGGUCUAGACAGUGCCCCGCACCCAGGAAGCGCUCAGUAAAUCCCGGCGAUGAUUUGACGGAUCGAUUGUGGGUCGUGGCCAGGACUGCACCUGUGCUUUUCCUGUACCCUGUAGCAUGGGGACCGUCGUGCUGGAGCUGUACUGGAAACACGCGCCGAAGACCUGCAAGAACUUUGCCGAGCUGGCCCGGCGCGGUUACUACAAUGGAACCAAGUUUCACAGGAUCAUCAAAGACUUCAUGGUUCAAGGGGGAGAUCCGACAGGGACAGGCCGAGGAGGGGCCUCCAUCUACGGCAAACAGUUUGAAGACGAACUCCACCCGGAGCUGAAAUUCACAGGAGCUGGAAUCUUGGCCAUGGCCAACGCGGGACCGGACACAAAUGGCAGCCAGUUCUUCGUGACUCUGGCCCCGACCCAGUGGCUGGACGGGAAGCACACCAUUUUUGGGCGUGUGUGCCAGGGCAUCGGGAUGGUGAAUCGAGUGGGAAUGGUGGAGACGAAUGCCCAGGAUCGCCCAGUUGAUGAUGUGAAGAUUAUCAAGGCCUACCCGUCCGGUUAAGACGCGGGGCCCGGGGGACCGUGGCCUGGGCCGGCUCCAGGAUUUGGUUCCGAUUCCCUCUGACGCUGCCCGGCCGGCCCGCCCCGGAUUGCUCUCUCGGCGGAAGAGGCCUGUGGACUCCGAGUCUCCUCUCUGCCGUCGGUAGAGUUCAUCUCGAGGCUCGACUUCGGACCGCAGGAUGUCGAGCCGACGGAGGCAUGGGUUUUCUGGGUGCAUUAGAGAAGGAACCAAAACCGAUGGCCUCUUCUUCUUCUUCUAGGGCAAACAUCGGAGAGAGGGAGGGAGGGAGAGAAGGGGGGGGAGAGAGAGAGAUGGUGUAUGUGUGCGUGCGUGCUCGUGUGUGUGUGUUUACGGAGUCCCGCAGUAGGCAUUGUUAAGUGUCCCUCAGCCUUGCUGACCCUUCCGGAAAGAAAUGGAACCAGAAUGAGGGUUCGUGGGAUGUACUACCUGUCACUCCCCAGAAAACCCAGCCAGCUUCCUGCUGGGAAGAAUGGCGCCUAUCCACCCUGAUUGUCCAAUCUUUGUAGGCUGGCUACAGAAGGACUCCAAGUUCCAUGUGUUUGCCAGCUUUCCUCUUUUCCCCCUUCCCCUCCCCACCCUAAUCUCCCAAACACGCUCUCGCUCUUAUCCUCCCUCUGUUGCAUUCUCUCUCUGCCCGCAUAUCUCCGAGGUUGCCUCUAAAUCAGGCUGUUUCCUAUCCCCAGAGGCUCCCCACCAGAGCCAAGGCACCUUGAACGCUUGCCAAAUGGAAGAGAUUUCCAGGAGAGAGGGAUAGGCUUCUAAGAGGGUGUCAAAUUAGGAGCAAUGCUCAAGCGUCCUUUGUUCUGAGUGGAAGGGAGCAGGAGAGCUGCUCUCUUAGUUUGUUUCCCAGGAAAGAGCUGGGAUCCUCAGAGUGCACAAGAACUUCUCACAUUCUCCUUUUUUUUCAAGGGUGGUAAAGGCAAACACCCUGAUUUCUUCCUAGAAAUCCAAGUAGAACCUUUUCCUCACUUGAGUUUUGCCUUUUUUUUUUUAUUCCCUGGUGGUUUUGUGGAAAUUCGAAACCUUAUUAGGUACCUUUUUGAAGAAGCAUCUGAAAUAAAAUGUCCUGUAAUGGAAA